AUGCUUUAUGUACUUAAUCCAGAUACCCUAUCUUCGUUUCUCACCCUCGGAAUUGUACUUAUUUAUACUGCUGCUGCAAUAGUUACGGUUCAGCAGAAAUCUGUAUUACAUGGAAUAGUACUUUGCACUUGGAAUUUAAUCCCCGUUUAUCUUACUUAUGUUUUGAUCAAAACAAUACCAAAAUGUAAAAUUACAGAAUGUUCAUCAAAGACAGAUUCUGAUCUAUACAUAGCAAAAGUAGAUGGAUACUGUUUAUUUAUUGAAGCAAUUCUCUUUGAAAUAACAGCAAUCGUAAUGACGUUUUUAUUUUGGAGAAAUAAAACUUGGCAAUUUUUCAAAGACUUUAAGAUUACAAGGCAUAAACAUAUCAAAAGAAUGUAUAUAACGUAUCAAAUCCAAACAGCAUUAAUUCAUGCUCAAAUGGUAAUAACAUUAUUAUUAGCAUAUACAGUAUGGAUGAUGGAAUUAUUGGCAGCUCAUAUGAAAAUAGUUAUGUUUGGAGCUGACAUUAAAGAAUUAUGGGCCAAUCCCUUUAUACAUUACUUCAUCUUUCAAUUUUAUAUUUUAUUAGUACUUAAAGCGAUUAGAAGUGAAUCACACCUUUUGAUGGGCGUCAUAUAUUUGGGUAAUAUUGGGGAAUGGUUAGAAAUUUUCUUACAAAUAUACCAUUGGUGUCCAGUUGAACCAUUGAAUCAUAGUGAGACUAG